AUGGAUGUAGAAGUUGUUUUUGCAAACGUUAAAACCAAACUCAGAGCUUUUGUCGCAUCGGGUGUCAAACAAAAUAUUUUGGGAAGAGAUUGGAUUACACCUUUAUUUCUCCACAAAAUAUCACUUUCCGAUUUGCAAAGGAUAUGUUCAGAACCGUAUAAACAAACCUUACAAGUAGAAAAUACGGAUCAACAACUUGCCAAACUUGUGGAUGAGUUUUCUGACGUCUUUCAACCCAAUGAAAAUAAAUGUUCAAAGACAACUGCUCAUUUGUACCUAAAAGAGGAUGCUACACCAGUGUUUAAAAAGGCAAGGCCUGUUCCUUUAGCUUUAAGGGACAAGGUUAAAGAAGAACUUGACCGGUUAAAAAGAAAUGGUAUCCUUGAAGAAAUAGACCAUUCAGAAUGGGCUGCGCCAUGCGUGAUUGUAAGAAAACCGAAUGGAGCUAUUAGAAUAUGCGCAGAUUUUUCAACGGGACUCAACCAAGCAUUAAAGGUGCAGCAGUUUCCAUUACCAACUCAAGACGAUUUAUUGACCAAGAUAGGUUCUGGACAGAAAUUUACUACCCUUGACCUCUCUGAUGCUUACCUUUCUAUUCCCAUGGACACAGAAUCUAAAAAACUCCUUGUCAUUAAUACUAUUUUUGGUCUUAUGCGAUACAAUAGACUGUGUUUUGGCGUAGCUCCUGCUACGGCAAUUUUUCAAAAAAAGAUGCAUUCUAUGCUUUCUGGAUUAGAUGGAGUCGCUUUCCUACUGGAUGAUGUCAUUAUAACAGGAAUAAAUGACACUGAACAUCUAAACACGUUAAAAGAGGUUUUGAAACGCAUUGAGGACAAUGGUUUUUGUUUAAACAGAGCUAAGUGUCACUUCAUGAAGGAAAAAGUCAACUAUUUGGGUCUAUGUAUUUCCAAAGAUGGAAUUUCGACGAAUCAAGACAAGAUAAAGCCCAUAGUAGAUAUGCCUGAACCCCAAAACAUUAAACAGUUGGAAUCAUUUAUAGAAAUGGCAAACUUUUACUCAAAGUUCAUCCCAAACGUUUCUGAGAUCUGUGCACCAUUAAACAAACUAAGGCAGAAAAAUGUUCAAUGGACAUGGACAGAACAAUGCUCUCAGUCAAUUAACCGUAUUAAAGAUGCUUUAGUUUCCACUCCUAUUCUAGUGCCAUUUAAUAGUGAAUUACCUAUAGUGGUUGCAGCCGAUGCUUCAUCAGUGGGGAUUGGUUGCGCAAUUUUUCAUCGAUAUCCUAACGGAGAAGAGAAGCCGAUCGCGUAUGCUUCUAAAACACUGAACAAGGCAGAGCAAAAUUAUUCGCAAACUGAACGAGAAGCUUUAGCUUUGAUUUAUGCUAUUAAAAAGUUCCGCAUCUACCUUUGGGUCACACAUUUUCUGAUCCAAACAGACCACAGACCUCUAUUGUCUAUAUUCGGAUCCAGCAAAGGAGUGCCAGUAACCACGUCUUGCAGAAUACAAAGGUGGGCUUUGUUUUUAACAAAUUUCCGUUUUGACAUAGAAUCCGUUUCUACUAAACUAUUUGGGAAAGUUGACUGUUUAAGUCGUUUGCCUUUCGAGGAAGAUGUCGAUUUUGACCAAGCCGAUGAGAGUUAUAGCACCGUAGUUGGAUUAAUAUUCUCAGGUAACAUAGAUUGUCUACCAGUUACGGCUAAAGAAAUCAGUGAAGAAACGUCGAAUGAUGUCACUCUUAAUCGGGUCAAAGAGUUUGUAUUAAGUGGAUGGCCAAACAAGACAAACAAUCUGGAGUUAAAACCCUAUGAGUCAAGGAAGAACGAAAUAUCCAUGCAUGAGGGCUGCCUAAUGUGGGGGGUUAGAGCAAUUAUCCCAGAAAAGUUCAAGCAGAAAUUACUUAUGAACCUGCACGACACUCAUUUAGGAAUGGUAAAGAUGAAGGCGUUGGCCCGAGAUCGUUUUUGGUGGCCAUCGAUGGACAGUGACAUCGAACACGUGGCAAGAACUUGUGCACUAUGCAACUUGUACGCUGCAAGAGAACCACAGAGAAAGUUCCUCAGUAAUUGGCCGAGAUGCACUGACCCUUGGACCCGUAUACACUUGGACUUCGCUGGACCUUUCCUUAAUAGUGUUUUUCUUUUGGUCGUAGAUGCAUACUCCGGUUGGCCAGAAAUUAUCAAGUUGAACUCUAUGACUACUUCAGUAACAAUCAAACUAAUUAAGCUGUUAAUAUGCCGAUAUGGAAUCCCUAAAACCAUAGUGACAGACAACGGACCCUGUUUUACGUCCGUAGAAUUUGCACAGUUUUGUAAAGCAUUUGGAAUCGACCACGUAACCACUCCACCUUACCAUCCGUGUUCCAACGGACAAGUUGAAAAAUACGUCGGUACCAUGAAACAGGCGUUGAGAAAACUUUGCCAAGAACAAUCCCCUAAAGGUUUGGAAGCUGACUUAAACAACUUUUUAUUUAAGUACAGGUUAAUACCACGCAUAACUUCUGGAAUGUCACCUUCUGAGUUGUUUUUAGGACGUCAGCUAAGAUGUAUCUUAGAUUUAGUUCAACCCCAAAAAGGAAGUCAGAUUAAAACAGAAGAGGAAGAAAAUAAAGAAGAUAAAACAAAAGAGAAAGAGAAUAAAGAAGGAGCCACUACUAGCCUAAAAAACUUCAAAAUAAAUGAACCUGUGUUUUGGGCAGAAACCAGAAACGGAAAUAUUGUGUGGAAACCCGGCGUAAUCUUGAAGAGACUAGGGCGAAACGUGUGGAAAGUUGAAGGUAACGAUAGAAGAAUCUUUAAAAAACACGCUGACCAACUAAAGCAUAAAAACCUUCUUGAAGACAAGGACAGUAGUUCAAUCUCGGCGAGAAGGUGA